AUGAUAUAUAGUAAAGAUUUACCAACUAGCUCAAGCAUAUUGCCCAAAAAUCCCACAAAUGCAUCAUUAGCAGAUGGAUCAUCCAGUCGUGAAAGACAAACAUUCGAUGCAGAAAAUAGAGAAAUUCUGGAGGAUCUCCAUCUGGAGUUAUUUGAAGCAAAUAUGGAAGCGAGAUCAGAAUAUCAGCAUCCCAUUCCGAGACAAGAAGCUGAGGAGACAAUCACAACUAGAGGAAGAUUCAUCUUAGACUUCUUCAGCCCUACCAAAACUAACAAUCGUUACAUCGGCAUAUGGUAUAAGAUCUCAUCUCCGACCGUCGUGUGGGUUGCCAAUCGCCAGCACCCGAACUCCGAUUCCAAUGGCAGCCUAUCGAUCACGACUAAUGGAACUCUCAUCACCAACCAGAAUUCUAAAAUCAUGUGGUCCUCAAGCUCGUCGGGGCUUGCCAGCCCAAGCUCAGACUAUUCAACCGACACUCUACUCCCGAUAAUGAAGUUCGGGUGGAACCUAACGAGUGGCUUCAGCCGUAACUUCACAUCAUGGACUAGUCCAAGUGACCCAGCAUCAGGCCCUUGCGCCAUGGUUAUGGAUCUUCAUGGCGACCCCCAGGUACUUGUGUGGGAAGGUUUAAACCAGCUAUGGCACGUCGAGCCAUGGAACGGACAAAGGUUCAGCGGCAUUCAGAAUAUAAUGCACUAUAAAAUCUUCAAACUAUACUUUGUCAUGAAGGACGACGAGGUCUUCUACAUGUGCAAUACCACCAGCACGUCGUUCAUCACAAGGCUCACUGUGAACUAUACCGGUGUGGUCCAGCGCCUUGUUUGGAUUGAUGAUAACCAAAUGCGGAGCAUCUACAUGUCUAAGCCGAAGGACCAAUGUGAUUAUGUAUCACAAUGCAGCGUUUAUGGGGUCUGUAAUAUAGCUGACUCAUCGAUUUGUAGUUGCUUGCAGGGGUUUAAGCCUAGGUCGCCGACAAAUUGGGACAUUAGAAAAGGGAGAGAUGGGUGUACGAGGAUGACGGAGCCGGACUGUCGGAAUGGGACUGAUGGGUUUGUGACAAUAAAGGAGGCAAAGCUGUCAGAUAUAUCGAGAUCGAUGGUGGACGGUAGCAUGGGAUUGGAUGAGUGUAGGGCUACAUGCUUGAGAAAUUGUUCGUGCACGGCCUAUGCUAGUGCUAAUGUCAACGAAACCGGUUGCAUAAUUUGGACAACGGAGCUCAUUGAUAAUAGGGUGUGUUCCUUUGGUGGACAGGAUCUGUAUGUCCGGCUAGGGGCGGUUGAUUUAGGUAUGUACACUUUUAUUUACCGAAGUCAACAACUGCACGUUAGAAAGAUUUAUACCAUCGGAUCAGUGCAAGCUGGAAAUCGGCAGAUGCUUGCAUCAACAAUUCCUGUGCCAGUUUGUACUGAUUCCAAGGUGGACUUUGUUCUUAUUUUAUAG